AUGCUAAUAAAAAAAAUGUUAUUUGUCGAUAACAGUUGUUAUUAAAUCGCUUUAUGUUGAGAAAAGACUGUUUAUAAGAUAUCAACAUGGCACAUGUUCCUCCUUCCUCCGGAUCAAUCGUUGUAGCCGACUGGCAUCGAUGUAAAGACAGCAAAGAAUAUUUCAGCAAAAUUCUACACAAGAAGAAACGCAAAAACUUCGGUCUGUUGGAGUCUCCAGUGAUGCCCCCACAUGUAGCUGUGGACACAGUCCACUAUAAGAUCUUCAUCACUGGCAAGAGCGGAGUUGGGAAAACUGCUCUUGCUGCACGUCUUGCAGGCCUGAAUAUUCCAAACAUGCACUAUGAAACCACAGGUAUUGAGACAACAAUGGUAUAUUGGCCAGUGAAGCUGAGAGAAAAUGGCAGAGUGCUCUUCUUCCGUCUGCAGCUGUGGGACUGUGGAGAGAAUGCCUUGCGUAGAUUUGACCAUUUGUUGCCAGCUUGUAAGGAGCAGGUGGACGCCGUCCUUUUCUUGUUCUCCUUCACUGACAGGACAUCUUUCGAUGAUCUGUCAAAUCAAAUUGCUAAAUGGACUGGGACACCUGUGGCUCGUGUUGUGAAAUUAGUGGUUGGCACCAAAUUUGACCUUUUCAUGCACUGUGAUGUGGCAGAGAGAGACGUGAGAGACUUCCAGGAGACGUGGAGCUUACCGGUGCUGCGUGUAGGUGGGGAUGUCAGCGACAGGCUGGGUGAUGUAGCCCCCCUCCUCAACUGCCUGGCGGAGAGCCUGUGGCAUCAGGACUGUGUUACAGCCAGAUCAGCCAGCCACCCUUAGCAGCAGGAGACAAAGACUCUACUCUAAUGCCAAAAGUGAUUUUAAAGAGGCAGUUGAGGGGAACUGGAGGUUUACCCCUGGGUGUCCGUCUUUAAGGAUUUGCAUUUAGCAGCUGAUCUGGGAGUGCUUAAGCGCCUUCGGGAUGGGAGAGAAGCUGCUGUUGGAAUGAAUGGACACUCCCUGACACUAUGACUGCUGUCAAGAUGGAUUUUUGAUUCUGAAAUAUGUUAAAUUCUCCUAUGUAAGCAGGGUGUUCAGUCAUGAUUAUGGUUAUGUUCCAUUGCACUUAAAUUGCUUCCUCAAAGCCUCAACUUGCUUCCCUUAAGGACUAGCCAAUAAAAAGGAAACCAUUAAAGGAGAGAGGCACUGAGCAAAUGUGUUUUAGAAGGAUAAGAUAUCCUUUCCUCUAUAGCGUCACAGUAAUUUGUCAGCUGUUUCGGCGUUAACUUCUUCAGCCGCAUGGCUUCUGGGAAGGCUGUCCUCGCCUAUAGCUACUCGA